AGCCGCGCUGCGGUGGGCAGGGAGCGCGCUCUGCCCGGCUUGUGGAGCACACCGGCCGGCCUUCUUCUGGAGCCUUACUGAAGGGAGAUGGAGGACUACGGGAAGUUCUGUGCAAAACACCUGGCGAGGCUCCAAGGAGAGGCACUGCAUGGAGAGAUGCCUGGUCCAGUUGCCCAGCACAGCAGUGUUUCCCUGAUCCAGUUCCAUGGUGUCCCUGUGCUUCCUCCACUGCUUAGUAUUGAGAGAAAAAAGGAAAUCCAGCAAGACAGACAAAAAGCACUGGACUUUGAACUCUGGAGGCAAAAUUCCAGGAAAAGAAUUUUGUUGAACCGUGUACAGGAGAUUCUGGAAAAUGUGCAGAUGAAUAAACUGUCCAGUCCGAGUGACUUAGAUCCUUCAGGGAUGGAGAAAACUUGUUCUGCUGUAGAGCCUCAAGUGAUAAAUGGCUUUGUGAGCAAUUCAAACAGUGUUUUGCCAAGUUCUACUGCUCUUAGUUGUUCUACAGAACCCCACAAGACACUGGAAGCUAAGCCAGCAGAUGCCCCAGUUGAAUCUGAUGGAAACUUACUCAGAGAAACUGAACAGCUUGUCCCAGAUAAACAAGAGGAUGUUUGCCCUGCCCUGUUUGAGAAGAGAGGUUGCCCAGAAGGUUCAUUUGCCAUUCCAGGAAACCUGCUUCCUUCCAAUGAGACGGCAAAGCAAGAGAAUGUCGAGAUGGGGCUGGCUGCUGUGGAAGCCCCGGACCCUUACGUAAUGAGUCUUCAGAACCUCUUGAAAAAAUCCAGGGAGUACAUACAGAGAGAACAAAACAGACGUAGCUUGAGAAGUAGUUCAAAGAGAAGCAUCAGUGAGAGCCUUUCGGAUAAAGAAAACGAUGCAGUUAAAAUAAGUGACUCCAUGAAAGAGAGAGGAAAGUUAGUGGGCAGGAGCUAUACGGCAAUGACGCUUGAUAAACCAAACCUUACUUCUCUGCAAGGUACCUCUGUCCCCAAAAAUAGCACAAGAGUAGUAGCAUCAUCCAGUUUCUCUAAAGUAGAUAUACCCAUGAGAUCUGGAACACCACCUGUGCUGGAUUCUGAUUCAGAUGAAGACUUUAAAAAUACCUCUCUGUUUGAUCAUGAUAACAGCCUUCUCCGAAGCCUUACGGGUUCUUACUCGAAAUUACCCAGCCCUGAGCCAAGCAUGAGCCCCAAAAUGCACAGAAGGCGCCCAAGACCGUCUUCAAUGGGGCACAUAGUCAUUAACAACCCUAUAAAUGCCUAUGAAUUAAGCCCCAACGAGAAGGGAAGAGCUGUGGGUUUGAUUGGUCACACUGCUGGUGACAAAACUUUUGCCUCGGACCCUGUGCCAAAACUGACUCCAGACUUUGCUCCAGUUUGCUCCAGUGAAACUGCUUUCAACAAGAGUGCUUCAGACAUCUCUGAUGAAUCGGUGGCUGUCAAACAGGAUCAAGUCUGUCACCUUCCUCCUAGCGAGCAAGAAAGCAGAGGGUUUCCCACUAGUGCUGUAGCUGGAGGAGGAGGAGCGCUGAUGACAUCAGAUAGCAGAGGGACACCGACUACUUGCUUUUCGGCCCCAAGCCUGCAAGAACUCCCUGCAGCUGGCAGCCCCGUUGCCACACAAAAUGCAGCAAGGGCUGGUGGAGCCAAGCAAGCUAGUUUGCCAGACAAAGCCAAAUGCAGUGCAGUCACAGAGCUUAAUAAAUCUUAUGACGUGGAAAGCCCUUCUCCUUUGCUGAUGCAAACCCAGCACCCACCACAAAUGGACACCCCGAAUGCGGGAAGUGAGCAUGUCUUGGAAAAUAGCUUUGAAAAGGUGAAGCGAAGGCUUGAGCUGGAUGCUGACAAUGGGCAGAAGGAAAAUGUGCUUUGUGGUGUGAGGGGAGGUGCCAGUGAGCCAGAGAAACGGCGGCUGCAUGACCAGAGGGGCCCUGUGGGAGCUGCUUUCACUGCCAAGAACGAGGCGCAUGGCAGAGGUUCUGGAGACGAGGAGGCUCUGAAAACAAAAAUGCUGGCUUUGGAAGACAUGAGGAAAAGACUAGAAGAGCAGCAUGCGCAGCAGCUCUCGUUGCUGAUUGCAGAGCAAGAGCGAGAGCAGGAAAGGCUGCAAAAGGAGAUCGAAGAGCAGGAGAGAAGGCUAAAAGGAGAGAAGGCUGCCCUCGCUGGAACUGAGGUCCCUCCGAUUACUGUUGGCAGCGGGGUGGAUUUGCAGUGGAGGAAAAUCAGUGACCCCCGCUUGCUGGAAUCUGUGCUGACUCAAGUGGAAACUCUCCAUAAUGCAAACUCUGAGAGCAUGGGUUUUGUCAAUGCCAAGCUUGGUUCAACGGCUGACACUCCGUUCUACCUCUGGGAACCGCCAGCAAAUAUGAAGUCAGUUUCAGCAUCCAGGUCGAUUAGCAGGAGCAAAAUGCGGUGGUCUCAGGUGUAUAGUCCCGAGAUGAAGAGGAAGUUAAACAAGAUCUCUGCUCUAGCCAAGGGGUUUCUGACGCGUAGACUCUUACAGACAGAGAAAUUGAAGCACCUCCAGCAAACUGUCAAAGAUACAAGGGAGUUCAUUAGGAACUUUCAGUCAGAAGCGCCACUGAAGAGAGGAGCCGUUUCUGUUCAAGAUGCUUCCUUGCAAGAACGAGUGGUGGCUCAGCUCAGAGCAGCCUUGUUUGAUAUUCAUGACAUAUUCUUCAAAAUGGAGGUGUCUGAAAGGAUGAAUAUCCUGCACCAUGAUCGGGAAGUUCGCAAAGAGAAAAUGUUGCGGCAGCUGGAUAAAGCAAAAACCCCUAGAGACAGAGUGUCACUUUCUAUAGCCACGCAGAAGUCUUUGGACAGGAAGAAAUAUAUGAAGGCUACAGAAAUGGGCAUGCCAAAUAAAAAAACAAUAGUGAAACAAAAGACUCCAGAAAACAGAGUCCUUCAGCCAAAUCAGGGACAAAAUGCUCCCAUCCAGAGACUCCUUUCCAGGCAAGGAACCCCUAAGGCCUCAGUGAAGGGGGCUGAGCAAAAUAGAAAGAAGCCCUCAGAGAGCAGAGUGUCUAACAAGGCCCGUUCAGGAGUAUAUGCAGGAAAAAUCCAAAGAAAGAAGCCAAGUGUUGUGACAACUUAA